AUGGCACAGAACUUCGCGGAACAGUGGCGGAUCCACACACGGUUUACAGAACAUUUCAAGACGCGUAUGCGCUGCAUACACGAAUGAUCAAAAUCGGUGUAUGGCAUAUACGGUGCUGUGUGACCCAUAUAAAUUGCGCUUAAUGAAUUUAAUAAAUUUCACAAACAAUAGAAAAAUAAAAGCAGGCUACGAUGUGGACGCGACUAGUUUUAAUUGUUCUUUUACUCACAACUUUCAGUCGCGUCUCGCAUGCGCAACGUGGUAAUAUCAUAACAACUUUAUUCGAAUUUUUGCGACGUGGUCAAAAUGAUCUGAAUAUUGAACAUGUGGAUGAUAAUGUACAACUCUUGAAUGAGUAUGAUUUUAUCGUCGUCGGUGCGGGCACAGCGGGUUGUACGUUAGCGGCGCGUUUGGCCGAAAAUCCCGCUUGGAAGGUGCUGCUGAUCGAAGCUGGCGGCCCCGAAAAUAUGGCUAUGGAUAUACCAAUUCUGGCGCAUUUCCUACAGCUCACAGAAAUAAAUUGGGGCUAUCGCACGCAGCCGUCGGAUAAGUAUUGCCUGGCCAUGAACAAUCGCCGUUGUAAUUGGCCGCGCGGCAAAGUUAUGGGCGGCUCGUCCGUGCUCAACUACAUGAUGUACACACGUGGCAAUCGCCGCGACUAUGAUCGCUGGGCAGCGCUGGGCAAUGAGGGUUGGAGCUACCGCGAAGUAUUGCCAUAUUUUCGAAAAUACGAAGGCUCCGAAAUACCCAACGCUGAACGUGACUAUGUGGGGCGUCAAGGACCUGUGAAAAUCGGCUACCCGGGCUGGCGUUCGCAGAUCUCAGCGGCUUUUGUGCAAGCCGCACAGGAAGACGGCUUGAAGUACCGUGACUACAAUGGGCGCAUACAAACCGGCGUGUCCUAUUUACAGGCCACCAUACAUAAUGGUAUGCGCUGGAGUUCUAAUCGCGCCUACCUUUAUCCGCAUAAAGGCAAACGUUCCAAUUUGCAUGUGAAAAAGAAUACGUUAGUUACUAAAGUGUUGAUAGAACCGCGUACAAAGACCGCGUACGGUGUGAUACUAAGCACUGGCGGUCAAUCCUACCAGGUGCGCGCAAGACGCGAGGUAAUACUAAGUGCAGGCGCUAUCAACACACCACAGCUGCUAAUGCUCUCCGGUAUUGGACCUGCGAAGCAUUUGCGCGACGUAGGCAUCAAGCCAAUUGCAGAUUUGGCCGUCGGCUACAAUCUACAGGAUCAUAUUGCGCCAGCAGUCUCGUUCACCGCUAACGUUAGCUCCAUCAGAACUACAGAUUACUUCGAAACUAGCAAUAUAAUGAAAUACAUAGAUGGCAAGGGAGUAUUCGGCUUACCCGGCGCUGUUGAAGCGAUCGCGUUCUGGGAUUUGGGGCAGCCGUGGCUAGAGGAUGGUUGGCCGGAUUUGGAAAUGUUUCAAUUAGCCGGCUCUUUCGAUGAGAACCCGGCGACGCUGCGCGCUUUUGGCUUACAACCGGACAUCUAUAACACCAUGUUCGGUAAUGUGAAGAGCGACGGUUUCAUGAUAUUUCCCAUGAUACUGCGUCCCAAAAGCCGUGGACGAGUCUUGCUUAAGAGCAAUGAUCCCUUCAAAUACCCGCUUUUGUAUGCAAACUACUUUGCGCAUCCCGACGAUUUGGAUAUAGCAGUGCGCGGUGUGCUAAAGACAAUUAGUUUGAUCGAAAAACCUGCAUUUAAGGCGAUUAAUGCGCGCAUGUUAGAGCGCGUUAUGCCCGGUUGUGCUAAAGUGCCAUAUAAAUCGCGCGCCUACUGGGAGUGCUACGUGCGACAUUUCACUUUCACCAUCUAUCACUACUCCGGCACAGCGAAAAUGGGACCGGUCACGGAUCCAACGGCUGUGGUUGAUCCAAGAUUGCGCGUCUAUGGCGUCAACCAAUUGCGUGUGGUGGAUGCCAGCAUAAUGCCGGAAAUUAUAGCGGGACAUCCCAAUGGACCUGUGUUCAUGAUAGCAGAGAAAGCAGCCGAUAUGAUUAAGCAGGACUACAACUACAUUUGAGGACAUGAGGCGUUGUAUUUAAGAGGUGCUGUUGUUAGGGAAAUUAAUUUACUUUAAGUUAUAAGAUCUGUUAUCGCAACGUUAAUUGUUUAAGCCAGCGCGCUAUUGUGUUCAGAGUAAUUCAGCACUUCAGCAUUGUCACUCGCAUAUUAUUUCUGUUGUCGAGGUCAAAAAAGCGCAACGCAAGUUCAGUAACCAAUUAAAAUAGGCGACUGCCGCGCAACGCCACAGCGCACGGUGUAUGGCGCGUUGCGCUUAACGUGUCCAUCGUCAGGUAGCAACGGCACAACGGCAUGAAAGCGAAAACGCAAAAGAACAAAAUUUGCCAUGCUUUACACGCAACAGCGCUUAGAAAAUCAUCGACUAUUUGCACUACACUUUCCAUAGACCAGAAGAAGCACACACCAGCGCACAUACACAAAGCGCGCGCAUGUGUGCACAAUGUCAGUGGCUACGGCGCGCCGAGCGUAGGGAGCGACAAGCGCAUGAGUUUGCAAGUUCAACAACGUUGUCGCUGCUGGCGCAGCUUAAUUCACUACAAAAACCUUUGCGUCAUUACCAACGACGAAGCCAGCGCUAACGUGUUAGCCGUCGACGCUCAGGUUGAAGCUGUUGGACAACCUGUUCGAUGUUGGCGCUUAUUUGCAUUGAACUAUUUAGUUUUGCUUUUUGUGCUUAUCAAGCAUAUCGAUGAAGAAGCUGACUGCCGAAGAGUAGGCACUAUCGUCGUCUAUUCACUACGAUCAUUAAAACCACAUACAACAGCCGAGCGGCAAGCAUUCCAAGUUACGUUUCCUCGGCGUUAAGACGCGUGCUACCGAGAACACGCUAAACUGCAGACGGGGCAGACAACGGGCGCGCGGUUCUAACAACACCAAACAUAAGCAAGUGGCUAGAACGCGGUGGCAGCGUUAAGAAACUGUUGAAAAGGCAUACGAAAUCACUUAUAUUUGCCUAGAAAAAUACAUAUAAAUCAGUGCAAAGUGCAAAUAAAAACAUUGAAA